AAAUGCGACCAGAUGAGCUGCGACCACCUCGGGGUCAUGCACGCGGGGGCAUACCUGGAGCAUCGGGGCAUCCUCUCCAGCCUCGUCAGUGCCAACAGACCUGUCAUCGGGCCUCUCCUGUUCCACCGAAGGACCAAGGAGUCCAACCUGGUGUACUCCGAAGACUCCUCGGCCGAGUGGCAGAAGCUGAUCAGGCGCCAGAAAGUCAGGGGGGUCUUCAUGGUGGAAGAGGUCAGGUAUUUCAACCUGAUACAGAAGGAUUAUAUCAGGGCGUUUGCUGAGGGAGAACAAAUCGGAAGGUACGUGGACACUCGCGUCGACGCCGGCACGAUAGUGGAUCCCCGCGGCCACAAGGAAGGCAAACGCAACCCUGAUCUGUGGGGAAUCAAGCACAAUAAUUACAUGUGGACGAGGCGGUACAUCCACCCGGAUCUGCUCAAGAUUAUCAAGAAGGAGAAGGAGCCGGAAGAGAUCGCGGCCUUCCUGUACUACGUGCCCUUCUACUCGGAGGCCUUCUGCAGGGAGAUCGUCGAGGAGAUGGAGCACUACGGGAAGUGGCAGGAGGGCGAGGAGCAUGACAUCCAGAUCCAUGUACAAUAUAGAUUUAGAAUUUAUGCUCGUUGA